AUGAUCCGCGGCAAUGAAGACCCUCGUCACCCGGACAGACCCACGCACUUGACUUUGAUUAUGACUGCUGUAUCUGUGGCCGUGAGUGUUGUUCCCGAGGGUUUACCGAUGGUCGUGACUAUCUGUCUGUCGUCCGGUACGGCCGAGAUGGUCAAGAAGAAUGUACUUGUACGUAAACUCGCGUCAGUGGAGACGCUAGGCGCAGCGUCAGUAAUCUGUACCGACAAGACGGGCACAUUGACGGGAGGCAAGAUGACUGCAGUAAAGCUCUGGGACGAUUUCCGCAACUCGCACGACUUCGAUGGCUUCGGUGCUGUGCAGUAA